ACACUAAAUUAUAUAUGUACAAGUAGGGGAGACCGAGGUAAGUUAACACAAAGGUAAGUUGACACAACUUCAAUAUCUCGGAAACUAUAGGCAUUAGAAGUUUGGCAACAACGCAUUUCUGAUGCGCCGCUCGACAGCUCCGACUUGUCAGUACACGCCGCGGCCGCCCGGCGAACGGUUGUGGUGCUAGAGCGUCUGUGGCGAAAACUGCACGAAAAAAUGCCGAACAAUUACAAGCGCAAGACGGAUAGAGGCGAAGUAAGCAUCGAAAUAUAUAAAUUGGCCGCCGAGGAGGUUACUUUGAGAGGAAAAAGUCUUCGAGAUGCUGCAAAAUCGUAUAACUUAAAUUAUUCUUCGUUGUACCGUUUCCUUCAGAAAAAAAAGAAGAACAAUGACAUGCCUGUCACAAUGGGGUAUGUACAUAACUCUAUAUUUACUCCUGAGGAAGAACAAACAUUGGCCGAAUAUUUUGUAAAUUGUGCAGCAGCUAAUUAUGGACUGAGUACUAAAGAUGCCAGGCGACUGGCUUAUCAACUCGCUAAAAAGUACAAUAAGAAAUUUCCGCCUACUUGGGAAAGCAAUGAGAUGGCAGGAGAAGUAUGGUUGAGGCUUUAUAUGCAACGUCAUCCUUCACUCUCUUUGCGAGCUCCUCAAGCGACCAGCCUUGCUAGGGCCACCAGCUUCAACGAAGCAAAUGUGAAAUUGUUUUUCGACAAUUACACGCAGCUGUUGGAUAAGCAUAAAUUUUCAGCCUCUGAUAUUUGGAAUAUGGACGAAACAGGUGUUACAACAGUCCAAAAACCCAAUAGAGUCAUCGCUCGCAGAGGGGACAAACAAGUUAGCGCGAUGACAUCAGCCGAGAGACGAACGUUAGUAACAGUGGCCCUAGCUGUAAAUGCUAUAGGAAAUCAUCUCCCGCCAAUGUUUAUAUUCCCCAGAAAGCGAUUUCAGGAUCACUUCAUACGGGAUGGACCAGUUGGUAGCGUAGGGUCUGGUAACGCCUCGGGAUGGAUGCAAGAAGAGGAUUUUCAUGUUUUUCUGCAACAUUUUCACGGGCAUGCUCGGUCGUCACCCGAUAAAAAAGCGUUGUUGAUUCUCGACAAUCACAGCUCUCACGUCGCCGUGAAUAACAUUACAUUCUGCAAGGAUAACGGGAUAGUAUUGUUAACAUUUCCCCCACACUGCACGCAUAAGUUGCAACCCUUAGAUCGUGCUGUAUUCGGCCCAUUGAAAAAAGCAAUAAAUACCUCUGAAGAUAGCUGGAUGCGCACCAACCCAGCAAGAACGAUGACGAUAUAUGAUGUGCCUGGAAUAGUAAAAACAGCCAUGGAUGUUGCAGUCACAGGAAGAAAUAUAACGUCAGGUUUUUCAGCAUGUGGUAUCUGGCCCUUGAAUCCAAAUAUUUUCACAGCGCAAGACUUCUUACCAAGUCAAGUUACCGAUCGUCCCUUAAACGAAAUGCACCCCAGAGCAACGGAAAACCAAGGGGCAGAAACUAGGCCAACGCUCGCGGAUCCAGUAGCAAGCACCUCCACAAAUUCUGCUCCUGAUGAGACUUCAGUUCCGAGGAAUAGUACUGUGUUAGAACAUGAUUCCCCAUUGCCUCAACCCACUCACAGCAGACACGCAAAUAUGCCUACUCCUCCUCCAGUCGUAGAUGCAACUCAGCUAAACCAUGAACCAGAAGAAACUGUUUCUUCUAUGUCCGAAUCUGGUGUGGAUACUAGUGCUGCUCGACCCAACCACGAACUUGGUGAGCCUAUUCCUUCUGGAUCAAAUGUUACUGCUUCGGAUAAGACUCCAGUCAAAAUAUUUACACCCGAGAUUAUUAGACCUUUACCCAAAGCUUUACCACGAAAAUGUACGCAGAACAGACGUAAAGUUAAGUCAGCUAUAUUAACGGACACGCCGGAAAAAGAAGCACUUGAAGCCAUUGAAGCAAACAGGAAAUUAAAGAACGUCAAGAAACGAGUUUUAAAUGAUUCAAAGCAAUUAAAUAUCACAUCUAAUAAAAAGAAAGCUACUAAUCAAAAUAAAAGGCCUACGAAAAACAAAAAGAAACAAACACGAAAAUCUGACAGCGAAAACGAUGAUGAUGAUUGUUUGUGCCUAUGCUGUUUAGAGUCAUAUAAAAAUAGUAGACCCAACGAGGAAUGGGUGCAGUGUAUGGAGUGCAAAGGUUGGGCUCAUGCAGAAUGCACAACUGGCGAACUAAAUUAUAUCUGCCAAAACUGUUUAUCUGAUUGAAUUUGUUAUUUGUUUAUUUGUAUUAUCUUGUGUUAAACUGUUAAAAAUUCUAUUAACCAAGAAGUAAAUUUAUAU